UAUCUACCUAUCCAUCCUGAUUGUUCUAUCUUCAAAAAACAAACAAUAUGGAAUUCACUGAUUGAUCCAAAAUAAAUGUAUCAUAUCUGAUCAUUUGUGCUAGUGUAAUAUAUCCCUAGUUAACUAUAAAAAGUUAACUUUUUAGAUUGUAUUCUAAUAGUUAGUUUAAAUAUUCAGGUCGGAGGAUCAGUGUGCAUUUCGUUUUCGUUAAUAUUAUUUAUGAUAAUCUGGACUGUUUAAAUACAACUAAAGGAACCAUAUUAUUAAUAAUAACCAUAUUAAGAGAUAAGCACACAUACUCAUUAAUAUAUAGAAAAUCAAUUUUCGAAAAUUAUUUUCUUUGUUUUCUAAAUAAAAAAAAUCUUUAAUAUUUCUUGUCAUUUCAAGAAGUAAAAAAAACAAACAAAAUAUGACUGAAACAGCACAUACAUCUGAUUCGGAAAUGGAUGAUCCGAACAAAAUUACAGGUUAAACGGUAUGUUCACAUUUAUAUAAAAUUUGACAUUAUUACUCAAACUAUUAUAUUCAUUAACAUCAUUUACUGUAAUGACGAACUGUGGAGGACGUGACUUGAAGUAAUUUAAUCUUGAAAUGAUAUUAGUUCAGAGAUAAUUGGGACUAUUGGACAUUUCAUUUUAAUCCAUACUUAUUCCGUAUUACAUGCAGAUAAGAAUUACUAUUAAUGUUAAAUGAAAUUGAAAUACCAAUUAUUUGUUUUGUAAAAUAUAUAUGCAGAGCUGGCGAAUCAUUAUAAACAAGCAAUCACUAGAUAUCUCUUCUAUGGUAUCAUGAAAGGUCUUGGCAAUAUAGGUUCUUCACUUCACAUAACAGUGACCGAGGCUCAUCAGUUUAAUGGUAUCAUUGUCACUGCAAUGAAUGAAGUUUCGAAGUUUCAUUCGUAUGCUGUAUCAUGUUUAGAUUAUUUAAAACGAAGAGAAGUAUUCCUUUAUAAAAUGAUGAAUGAUCCAAGUCAUAAAGCAAUGCUUUAUUUUCUUGAGGUUCUUAUGAAUUCUGAUAGUCCAAUCACUGUUGACCAAUUAGCAGAACGUUUCUCACACAAAUCAUUCAGUGUAGAAAUGCGUGACGCAUGCGGUGGUGGAAGCGCUGAUGGUUUACGUGAAUUCUUACAACGUUAUCCUUCAUUGUUCAAUGUAAAACCGAAUGGACAAGUGACAUCAGUCACUAUCGAACUACCUGGCUUAGAUUCAAAUUUCGGUGGUUCAUCCGAUCAAGAAAGUUGUUCAAUAAAAGAAAGUGGUCAUAAAUCAAUAAAUGAAAAUUUGUCCGACAGUUCUUCUUCAUUACAAAAUUCCCCUUACAAUUUCGACUCAAAUUACUCAUCUAAAACAUGUCCAAUAUCAUGUGUGCAAAAGGAAUAUGCAUAUAGUCGAUUUCAGUCUAGUCGGAAACCGAAUCCUUCCAACACCAAUACUAAUAAUAAUAUUAAUCAUAAUAGCAUUAAUAACAAUAAUCGAUUGAAUAGUACAAGUUGUUUAUCAUUAGUGUCUGAUCAGUCGAUUAGUUCAUCCAAUGGAUCGUCAAACUUUGUAAAAAAUUCAUCUGAUCAUUCAUUAGGACGUAAAAAGUCGUGGAAUAACUACUCCAGUGGUGGUGUCGACCCAACCAGUUACAAAAAUGUUGCUAAUACUACUACUAGUACUACCACAAACAAUGAUAAUGAUGAUAAUCAAGCACCGCUUGGUUUAUCUUCGAAAAAUCCUCCAAUAUUACGAGCAAAACCUUCAAAUGUUUACCAACCACCACAGUUACGUAAUCUUGAACAUGGAACCUUAUCAGUGUUAUCAUCCAGUUGUGAAUUAUGCUCUUCUUCAUCAAAUGUCCCUACUACGAUUAAUAGUAGUGGUUGUAAUGCUUUACUAAGUAAUCAUCAUGAAUUCUCUACGAUGACUAAUGGAACAUGUAUACAUUGUCCAUUGAUAGAAUUAACCUGUCACCAUCAUACACAUCACUGUACAACUGCACAUCAUCAUUCAUCUUCAGCGCAUUGUCAUUGUACAACCUCUCCACUGACAGCGAAUCCAUCAGCUCCAUUCUUUCACCAUAUACAUGACCCUAUUCAUAAAAUAUCACCAGCACAAAACACAUUACGAUCUCCAUCUAUACUGCUACCAAACUACUACAAUUUACCAGUAAUGGAGAAAUUCAUACUUGAAAGUGAAGCAGUACACUUUUUUCAACAGAAAUUGAUUAAACGAGAAGAACGUUGGAUACCAAUUAAAAGUUUAGCAGGACAUUUAUCGCAGGCUAGUCCAGAAGUUCGUGCCAUAGUUGGUCCACAAUUAGAAUUUCGACGUUUUCUUUUGAAACAUCCACAUGUUUUCGAAGUGCAGGGAGAUUUAGUUAGUGUAAAAGAACCAUUCACUAGUGUUUUUGGGUUGAAAAGGUCUCACGAUCGUUUAUCAGCUAUUCACUCAAGUCAUUCGUCAUCAAAUCUAUCUAAUGCUACACAAACUUAUCUACCACGUAAUAAACCAUAUGAGAGAAACCCUCGGCCCAAAUCACUUGUUUUACCGAAUAUGGUAAAUUUUGGACAUGUAUCAAAUGUAUCCGAUGGUAUUGGUGGUUGUUAUACACCAUCAUCAUCAUCAUCAUCGAUUCAACGAUCGACUGCUGGAAGCCGUCAUCGCCGUUCAGCACAUUUUCUAAUUGAUAAUUCAACAAAAUCUCCUCAGAAUAAAACAUUAACUGAGUCAGAGAGUAUUAGUUCAGUGCCGGCAACACCUAUCAAUUCGAAUCUUGUAUCAGGCAUCAGUAGCCGUGUACAGACAGAAAGACUAGCUGUUGAUAAAUCAACUAAUAGCAUCAAUAAUAAUAAUAAUAAUAAUAAUAAUAAUAAUAAUAAUAAUGGUAAUAGUGAUGGUGUUAGUUCAACGUCAAUGACAGCAGCAAAUGAUACAUCUUCACUAACUAAUUCAUUACCUAGUGUUACAUUAAACACAAUGAAUAGUAUUAGUUUAACUAUGUCUGCUAAUGAAUAUCGAGCGAUAAUGUUUUUACGUAAAGUAUUAGAAAAACAUGGUGGUUCAGCUGGUCAAUCUGGUUUAAGUCUACAAGAUGUGAUGCAGUUUUUAACUAAUAAAGCAUCGGAAACUAUUCAAACAACAAUUGGUUGGACUAAAAUUGAAUUAGAAGAAUUUUUAAGUCAACAUAAUUUAUUUUUUGAAUUAAAAUCAAUUAAAGCAUCAUUUGAUAAUGGAACAAAUGACACUGAUUAUUCACAAAUAAAACAAUGUCAACAACAAAAACAUCAACAAUUAUCUAAUUCAAAUAUUGAUUAUAUUAAUGUAUGUAAUAAACGUUUAAAUCGUAUGAUCAAUAUUAUUAUUACUGCAUCAAAACAAAUUGAUUUAAAUGGGGUACGUACAUUGACAAAUCGUUGUGGUAGAAUAUUUCAUAUAGCUAAAUUAUGGGGAAUUAUUGAUUUAGGUAAACAUGAACAUGUAUUUUUUGAUAAAUCAAUAUUUCGUCAUGUAGAUGAUUUACAAAAACAUUUCAAAGUUGAUGAAAUUUUAUAUUUCAAUGCUGUACUUGCACCGAAAGAAUCACGUGCAAAAUGGCGUGCAACUCAUGUUUGGAAAGAAUGUGAUCGUGAAAAUGUUGAAAAAUUUGGAGCAUUAUCUCAUAUGAAAAAAUUAAAUUCAUUAAACAAUAGUCAUAACAAAACACUGUUACAUAAUAUACAAAACUUUUAUGAAUCUGAUAUAGGUCAACGAAAUGGACAUAACAAAUCAAGAUCACGUGAAGUUGCUAUCAGUACUAUGGAUCAUGAAGGAAAUGUUGGUACUACCGAAACUACAAUUUCUACUGCUGCUGAUGAUGAUACUGAAGUUGAAGAAGAAAUUGAAGAUUUCAUCGUUGAAACGUGUACAAAUAAUAAAGAAAGAGAGUUGGUUAAAUCGAAUCAAAAUCAUCUAGUGGAUAACGAUUCCGACUUAGAAUAUGCUUUAGCCGGUGAUGAAGAGAUUGAGGACGAUGGGGAGGAACCAUUUGUUUCACCGAUAGCACAUGAAGAAGGUUUACAUUUACCAAUUGAUAUAAAAUUUAUACCAGGUGAACUAGAAGAAGAAAUGCAACGUGUGCUUAAUUUUCAGUCAAAACACAAUCAUAAUAAAACUGGCAUCCAUCUAUUAUCAAACUCUAAAUCAUCAUGCCUUGAAUUAUACGAUUCAAGUCACUCAACAGAAUUAUGUAAUCAAACACAAUCAGAACCAUGUUAUAUAAAAAGUAAUGGUAAUCAUACCACUACUGUGAUUAAUAAUAAUGACGAUAAUUAUAUUUAUAAUGACAAUAAUAAUAGGCACAACCGACAUCACAGCCUUGUGACAUCAUCAACCGAGUCUACAAGGAAACCAAUGAAAAAUACCCUUAAUCAUUUAUCGAAAGAAGAUAGUGGAACAUCGAGUUCGCUAUCUGAAAUGAGUGGUGUAUCUAUAGCAGUUCAAACUGUCUCAACAGGUGAUAUUAUGACAACUCAGUUAUAUCACGAUAAUAAAGCAUAAACCUUGAAAAGAAAAAAACCCGACAAAAACAACUGAAAAUAUUAAAAACAACUGUCAGUCACUAGCAUACAUAUAAAUUAGUAAACAAGUUUGUCGUUAAUCAUCAGUAAGUGUUUACACUGUCAAAAUUCUGAAACCAAAAUUAUCGAAGGGAUUUUCUCUUUGUGAUUUCGGCUCUGUCCUCAUCUAUUCACAUUUCUCAUUCGAAUACAUUGAUGCAUUUCAUUGUCUCCAAUAUCCUACCGUACUUUGAAGGCAUUUUAUUUGUUCCACUAUUGAGUAUAUAAUACAUUGAAAACACAUUUAUAGGCUCUCCUUUAUAUUCACUAAAAUGAUUUGAUUUAAUCUUUUGUGUCAUGUUCUCCUUGUUUUUCUGUGACAUUAAACUUCUUUCCCAUUUUGGAAACUUGUCUACAUCUCAUUUAUAUGAUGAAAAUCAGAUUGGACUAAGAGGCCUGUUUGGAAAUAUUUGGUAUUACUGAUAUAAAUAAUUAUAUAUCACUAAUGGUACUACCUGUUAGUUUAUUCGUUAAAUAUCACUUUCUACCUAAAGCUUUUAGGUGUUAAUAAGAAUGCUAAUUGAUUCAUUAAUAAGACGAAUCACUUAACAUCUUUUCUUUAGAUUUUAUUUGUUCCUCCCUCUCUAGUUUAUUGUUAUUAGUUUUGAACAAGUUCAAUCUAAAUAAAUCAUUGUUCAAUUAUAUGGGAUCAUAUGAGAUUGACGUGUGUGAUCUUCUUUUCUAAGCUCUUUAAAAUAUCAUAUUUAUGUACCCCUAAUAAAAUCUGAUUGCGUUCUUUUUUCGAAAGAGGAUAUUAUGUUCAAUGUAAUUUACCAUGAUUAUUUCUCAUAAGGUUAUUAUCAAUGUAACAGAUUAAACUGAUGGAAAUGCAAUUAUUCAUUAUUUAUAUUUACUCAGUGUGUUUGUUUGUUCUAUUGGAAACAUAAAUUCACUCUUUUCUCAUAUUUAUUUAAGGUUUUUUCAUUCACCAUACCUUAAAUCACUAAAACUUUGACUUACAGGCGAACUUAAACUAGCUUCGUGUGAUUUACUUAGGUUGAUUAGUUCAUUCGAAAACAUCGACAUGCUAGGGAGGUAAACACGUUACUGAUAAUGUUUGCCAUCUAAUUGUAAUUCACAACGUGUCUAAAUAAAAUGUUAAUCACUUCUGAGGUACAGAAUUGGGAAAUAUCGGAGCCUUUAUAAAAAUCUUACCUUCAAAUUAGUGAUUUACACCAAAGCAUUUCAUAAUCCUACCUACAGUCAGUUUUUGUUUAGUAUAGACCUUGUCCAACGUCACAAGUCGUUUACUUUCUUAAUUCGAACAUCGCUGUUUCUACAAUUUGUACCUUUGCAAGAAAUCCACUUCAAAACUACUAACCGGUAGAAUGUGUUUAUUAUCUGGGAAAACGUAUUAUAUAUUUUAAGGUGUACGAAAGAUCUCUUGAAGUUCUCUUGAAGUCAUGUCUGAAACAUAAAAUUGUGACCUGUUACUGUUCAUCAUGUGAAAUAUAAAAAUAAAGUGAAAGCAUCCAACGCUUUUAUUCGUAAGGUCAUAUUGUUUUUUGAAGUGAAUAAAAUAAAAGAAUGGCACUCAGUUUUACAAUUCAAAGAGAUGAAAACUCAGUGGUCAUACUAGACAACAAAACAAAUAUUGUUCUUACAACUGGCUGAGACUGGGAAGUUCAAACCACUGAGUUACAGUUAAAUAACUUGAUUUUUGUAUGGUUGUCAUGCUACCAAGGAAGAACAGAUUUAACCAUAUGUGUGAUCGUAGGUAAGCCUUUGGAGGGAUUUUAAACUUCAAAACAGCCGUAUAGAUCUCAGUCAUCAUUCAUAUAUGUGGUUCUACUUGAGUUUAGAAUCAUAUCCGUCUAUUGUAAUGAAAACUGCUCUAAGCUUGAUUACAACGACGUUCCUAAUAUAGACAAGUAGCAGUGCUCGAAGGAACAGACUAAGAUAUUGUUUGGUAACUACUGACUUCGAUAUCACGAAAUUAUGGAUUCAUGUAAAACACUAGUCAUGGUUACAGGUGAACAUACACAAGGAAGCCAUAUUACGACGCAUGAUGUUAUUUUUAAAGUUUCUAUUCCGAUGUUAUCAAAACGCUACCACUGUAGUGAACAAAACACCGGUCGGGGACAAUCGAACGUUCUAAGCAAAAAUUACAGACUAUGUCAGUAAAUUCUGAAAACCAUACA